AUGGCAGAUGGCAACAAUGAUGUCAAAGAGAAAGGUUAUCAACGAGAAACAGCAUCGCCUACUCUUUCACAUUUCGGUAUCGAUCAUGUUAUGGAAUUCCCGAAAACUACAGUUGAUCUAUCAUGGAAUAUCAAACCUACCGAAGAAGAAACAUGCACUCAUCAGAAGGAAUCAGAGAUCAGGAUUCAAAUAGAUCAGAUUCCACAAUUCUUAUUCAAACAACAUCCAGCUUUUGAACAACUAGUCAAGCAUAUCUUGAAAGCAUUCAGAACGCAGAUGAUUCCAAGCAAUGAUCUUGAUAGUUUACAUGAAAUAGCAAUUUUACUUCAAAAGAUAAUGAUGCUUCAAGCUGAUCAGUCACUCUGGACAGCUUAUCUGCAAUCUGGUAGAGGAGAACUGUCUAGUCAAAUAGCAAUAAUAUCGUUGCCAGCCUUUAGCUGUUGUAUAUGGCCGAAAGAAUUGAAAACAAUGUUGAAAUUGAAGAGUGAUGACAGAGCUGAAGAGAAUCGACUUUAUCACAAUUUUGUAACUAGACAUUUGUCUAAACUGGAUAGUCAACUAAAAGAAUGUCAACAUAAGUUACUUGUAACAUCCAAUAAUUAUCCCAAUUAUUCGUUCACAAUUCAACAUAUCAUUAUGGAUUACAUUGAAGAACAUAUGAAAUCUUUUCGUGCAUACAUACAGCAUCAAAUUGAACUUGUUCACUAUGAUUAUUACAUACGAGCAUUAAAAAUCAAGUAUAUGCAGAUUAAUCCAAGUAACUAUCAAAUUCAAAUGUUGAAAGAUAUAUGCGAAGUGAAAUAUGCUUUAGCACUACUAGAACAAGAAUCUCAACUAUUGACAGAACAGGUGGCAUAUUAUAAUUCAUUAGAUCAAUCAAAAUUGUUUGAUUUUAUUCCCCAAACUGGUAUUCAUGAACAAGUAUUGUAUAAGUACAAACACAUUGCUCUAGAAGCAAGAGCAGAACUAUUUGAGCUUUAUCGGAGAUCCAUUCAGGAAGAAAAAAUUGAAUAUACAAACAAACAUGACGAUCUGAUGAAAGAAAUGUGGUGGAAUUAUCAUUCGGAUGAUGUUAAUUAUCAGAUGUCUGCAAACAUGAUCGAGUUAAUCGGUCAACGUUGUCAUAUCAUACAACAGCGUCUACAAUGCAUUUAUAAUUUCAAAAAACAAUUUAAAUCACUAUAA